CUCCAUAUGCCGCGGGUGCGGCCAUAGAAGACAAAAAGAAAAAGCACAAAAUCCGAUGUGGGUGGAGCAAAUCACUUUGAUGGUGAUGUGAGGGUUGAAGAGACCAGAUGAUGAAUCUUAAAUUUGGGCACUGGACUUCACGCUUUGGCUCAGUGGGUUAAAAAUCCCACUGCAGCAGCUAGUGUAGCUUCGGAGGUGCAGUUUUGAUCCUCUGUGGUAGGUCGCAGCUAUAGCUGGGAUUCAAUCCCUGGCCUGGGGAACCUACAUAUUCCCCUGAGUGCUGCCAUAAAAAAAAAAAAACAAAAAAACACGCUGUUAAUAAAAGUGAGUGCGAUGAGGUUGAAACAAUAUUGAGGAUAGUUCUAUACAAUUAAGAAGUAGCUUUGACUUUUACAGUAUCCGUGGGAGGAUACUGUUUCUCCUCGGUUUACACUGGAAUAACACGGAUUCUUCGAGGCGCGCAGUGACUUAGCCGAAGUCACACAGCCAGUUGAUGGUCUAGCCCGGGGGUUCAAUCUUCCCUUUGUAGCACACAGCGCACAAUGCGGAUCCGACUUAGGUGGGUAUCUGCGGGAACUCCCCAUUUCUAUUCUGUAACUGCGGGAAAGCUCAGGGGACCCCAACUAAAAAGAAGAGCUGGUGACCAAAGAAGAUCGCGAAGGGGAAGCGCGGGGUGGAGAAGGAGUUUUGGGUCUGAGCGGCCGCCGUAGGAGCGGCGCUCUGAUCUCCAUAGCAACCACGAGAAGCAGCGGGAGGCUUCUGGGCGGUGCAGCGGCCGCGGCGGAUUGGAUCAAGCAAAGCGCGGAAUCCGUGAACUGCCCGCGGCCCCGAGGGCGCAGCUCCUGGACCGAGCGGCGCUAUCCUGCCUCAUGGACGUGAGUCCUAGGCCCCUUAGCCCUCUCUGGAGCGGCUCCCUCAGAGGCGUCAACUCACCCUGACUUUUCCUACCUUGGAGCCUGCACUGGAGAGGGUUUUUUUUUUACCCGACAUAGAUCCUCCCAGCUCAGGACCAGAGCUGUGAGAGUGUGCAGGGUCGGCCUUCCCAGGAAAAGGCGCAUGCCACUCUGGCAAGAUGAGGAGCUGGCCAAGCAAUCCAGAGGAAAGGGCAUCCCAGGCAGAGGGAACAGCCUGGGCAGAGAGACGUGGGCCUGAGAGAGAGGAUAUAGGGCCUUUGAGGGAACUGCUAGGACUUCAGUAUGGCUGGAGUGCCAUGGGGACAGAAGGAGAGGCCUCCUCUAGCCCAUGGAAUCCAACCCCGGCUCCUGUCAGCAGACCCUCCCUGCUGCUCCCCAUCCCCGCCAUCGUCAUCAUUGCUGUGGGCAUCUAUUUGUUGCUGCUGGGCCUGGUGCUGCUGACUAGGCACUGCCUGCUGACUCAGCGCUGCUGCACAGACUGCAGUCCCCCCUGCAGGAAGCAAGGCGCCUCUAGACCCCAAGACUGUUGCUGGACCUGUGCAGAAGCCUGCGACUUCCCUCUGCCUAGCCCAGCCCACUACCUGGAUGCCUGCUGCCCGCAGCCCACUGAAGCUGAUUGGGCCCCUUGCUGCCCUCGCUGCUGCCCACUCUGCGACUGCGCCUGUGCGUGCCAGCUUCCCGACUGCCAGAGCCUCAACUGCCUCUGUUUUGAGAUCAAGCUCCGAUGAUGACCCAGCGUCCCUGCCCUUUGGAGAGCGGCCAGCCCCCAGGGCCCACAUCCCCUGUUCCCUGAAGGGCCGCAGGACACCUUCCACCAGGCCAUUGGAGCCCCAAAUGGCCGGCCCAGCUCACAGGCUUGGGAACCAGCAUCGGAGAGCCUGGCUCCCUGCAGAGAGGGCCUCGGAGAGCCCUUGGCUGCCUGGAUGGCAGCCCCUUUGCAGAGCCAGAAGAGAGAGGAGCUAGUGUGCCAGCGGUUGUCCCUGCCCUCCUCUCCCCCUUCCCAAGUAAAGGAUUAUAUCUGAAGAUCCCGGUCCAAAGAUUUAUUUCUCUUGCAACCUUUUGAGGCCCUCAAUCUGGAUUUCCAAGGAAGAAAUCUUUGAAGUACCGGCAAGGUGACCCAUGGCAAAGUGCGAGCCGCAAAGGUCGGGCUUCCACAUGACCGGCCUGUCCAUGGUUCUGGCCUAUUCCUUUACCUCAGAUGCCAAUGUACAGCCCCACCCUCAGCUGGGCCACGCCCAGCAACAGAGUUAGGAAAGGUACCGGAGGCAGGCCUAGUUUAGGGAAGUCGGGUGCCGGGGAGAGCUGGGGACAGGAAGAGCCCCAAGACCUGCAGGGGAGGUCGGGAACCUUUGCCCAGACCUCCAGGCAAGGGGCCCUGCUUGUUGGGAGACAACAGGUAGACAGACCCCCGCUAACUAGCCCUCCCCCAUCUGUCUCCUCUGCCCAGGAACUGACAGGAACCAUGCCUCACCAAUACCCAGCCCUGACCCCGGAGCA